CCUAUGACAUUAUUGGUAAAAAUGAAGCUCAUUGUGGGUUUAUGUGUUAUUUUUGUGCUUGCGGUUAAUGCCUCCCCGGAGAGCAGAAUUGCUGGCGGGUCCGUAGCUAACAUCGCAAACUUCCCAUUUUCCGCGGCGCUGCUCAAUAAUGUACAAUACGGGACUUUCCGACAGCUCUGCGGAGGCACCAUCAUCAGCAGUAAUGCUAUACUGUCCUCUGCUUCUUGCUUCUUUACUGGUACCACCCCACAUCAAGAAGUAACAUGGCGGGCGCGUCUCGGCUCAGCAUCAGCGAACAGCGGCGGCCUGGUCUACAUCAUCCGCCUCAUCACGACCCACCCGGACUACGUGCCAGCCACUAAGGUCCACGACAUCGCGGUCGUGAGGACCACGCUCAACAUCAUCUUUGGACCAAAUGUGCAAGCCGCGUAUUUAGCUGGUGGAGCGUAUUCGGUGCCGUCUGGACAGGCCGUAACGGCUAUAGGAUGGGGAGCUACUUCGGCGACCAGCGGACUGUCAGCCACCCUCCGUCAGGUGACGAUCUGGGUGACGGAGCAGGCGACUUGCGUCACGCGGUACAGUGCGGUCGACUUUGCGGUCACUGAUCAAAUGAUUUGUGCUGGCUGGCUGGAUGUGGGUAUACGGGGACAGUGUACGGGAGACACCGGCAGCCCCCUUCUCCAUGGUAACGUAGUUGUUGGAGUGUUCUCUUGGGCGGAAGGCUGUGCAGCCGCUCGAUACCCCAACAUUAACACUAGAGUAUCUUCGUACUCACGGUGGAUAGAAGCUACUGCUGUCGCUUAGGAGUUGAAUAAUUGUGUUAAGAUGUGAAAUAAAUUGUUAUUUUUUAUUACGCUUGACGUUUUGAUUUAUUGUAAUUUAAUUGGUAUUAUUGCUUAUACAUAAAUAUAUUAUAAACAAAUAAGUAACCACCUU